AUGUGGAAAGUGGGACUCUUUGAGGUGAUUUUCAGUUUCGUUGGUGAUGGUUUUUUGGGUUUAUCUGUUAAUUGGCAAGGGAAGAUGAUGUAUUUGGUUAAUGUGUAUGCUUCUUGCUUUCUUGAUAAGAAGAAAGAGAUGUGGAAUAAAUUGAGGGAGUUGAGAAAUAACUUUCAAGAGGGAGAAUGGUGCGUUGGAGGAGAUUUUAAUGCGGUGUGUGAUAAAGGGGAAAGGAAAGGAGAGAGAGUUCAAAUGGAUGGUGGGGAAAUUCAGGAAUUCAAUGAAUUUAUCUCUUCGAUGGAGAUGAUUGACUUGUCGGUGCUUGGUAAUCGAUUUACAUGGUUUAAUCAAGCUGGGUCAACUUGUAGUAGGCUUGACAAAUUUUUGAUUAGCGAGGGCCUAGUGGAUUUAUGGGAGAUUGAUAGGCAGGUGGUGGGGGAGAGGAGUGUAUCUGAUCACUGCCCUAUAUGGUUAAACGGUAUGGUGAAAGAUUGGGGCCCAAAGCCAAUUAAACUGUUCAAAUGUUGGUUUAACCAUGAUGGUUUUAGGCCGUUUCUGGAGGAAGGAUGGAAAUCUUUAGAUAAUAUUCGAGGCAAACCUGGAUUUGUGCUAAAAGAGAAACUAUCCAAGUUGAAGGCUAUGAUUAGGAAAUGGAAUAAGGAGGAUUUUGGUGUGGUGGAUUUGGAGGUUAAUAGCGCCAUCGAUAAUCUCAACAAGCUGGACUCCAUGGUGGUUGAUGUAAAGGGAGUAAUCAAUACGGACAUAGCUGAGGCCAGGAGUGUUGCUUCUAAAUCUAUGUGGGAUGCGGUUAAUAACAGGGAGAGUAUGCUGAAGUAG